GGCGGCUGGUUACUUAAUACUUUAGUUACUUAACAGUGUUAAAAUCGUUUCGGUUUUUGCAUCGAAUUGUCGUUCGCUCGUGCACACGCUUUUCGCCAGUACCUACCACACACACACCGUCUCAUUCUCGCGGCAGGCACACAACGUGAUUACAUGUUUCAAUAARGAGAGACCUUUGGUACUCGUUUUAUUUGGACUAAACGUUUGGUAAGGAAGCUACAGCCAUCAUGUUGGAGUUGCAACAGCAAGAUAUUCCUAAGUUGAAGAGUGAACGCUCGGUGUCUAACAACACUGGUCAAGAAGAUGGAGGCAACAAUGGUAACAGCUAUGACCUUGUGUUUCCGGCUUUACCUGACUCAAAAACAUUAGUACCCAAGAAUAUUGGGAUCAAUGGUCAAUGUGCAUCUUCAAAUGUACCACCUAAAGGAUGGAACAAAGUUCGAACUUCAACUGUCAAUAAUGUAUUCACUAUUUCUGUUCAAGACCGUAAAUCAGAUAAUAGUGAAAAAUUUGGAGAAGGUGAAUCUAAACGUAUUUGUAGCCAAAUUACAAGAGAAACUGGAGCUGAGAUUGAAAUAUCYACAUCAAAGAAUAUGAAUUUGACUUUCCUUGUAAGAGGAAAAGAGGAUCAUGUCACUGAAGCUAAACGCAGAAUUAUUGCAAGCUUUCAAACUCAAGCUACUAGUGCAGUUCCUGUUCCUAAGGAGCAUCAUUGUCAAGUUAUGGGAAAACAAGGAACUCGUCGUAAAGAAAUUGAACAACGUACUGGUGCGCGAAUUCAAAUGCCAAGCAUUCAAGAUACUUCGGAUAUUAUCAAUGUUACUGGAACUAGAGAUGCAGUGGAGAAAGCUGUUCAGGAAAUUCGCAUGAUUUCAGAUGAGUUGUCUAAAAAAGCAUUUGAACGAAUUGAAAUCCCAAAAAUUUUCCAUCCUUUUAUUACUGGUGGUCAUAAUGAAAAACUUAAUAGCUUAAUGAAAGAAACUGGUGUUAAAAUCCAUGUUCCCCCGCCAUCUGUUAACAGAGAUGAAAUUACAAUUGCUGGAGAUAAAGAGGGAGUUCAAUCAGCUAUUGAAAAGAUAAAAGAGGUUUAUGCAAAAAUGGAAAAAGAAUCAGCAACGGUGUUUGUUGAAAUACCAAAACAGAAACAUAAAUAUUUAAUGGCUCAAAAAGGAAAUGGUAUUCAAGAUAUAUUAUUGGAAACUAAUGUCAGUGUAGAAAUGCCUCAACAAGAUUCAGACAAAGAAACCGUUACUUUAAGAGGGUUAUAUAAGGAUUUAGGCACUGGGUUAACUAAGUUGUAUGAAAAAGCUAACAGUAUGACUGCUGAAACAAUUGAAUGUCCAGGAUGGAUGCAUAGAUUUUUGAUAGGAAAAAAUGGUUCUAAUUUACGAGAGCUAAUAGAAGAUAAUGAAAAGGUACACGUUGAAUUUUCUGAUGAUAAUAAGAUAAUUGUGGAAGGACCAACAAAUAUGAUUCCUAAGGUAAUCGAUUCAUUAAAGAAAGCUAUUGACUGCUAUGUUUCUACAGAACUUGUUGUUGAUCCAAAGUUUUUCAAGCAUAUAAUCGGGAAAAAUGGAAGCAAUAUUAAUCGCGUUAAGAAUGAUACUGGUGUUAUAAUCAAUAUUUCUGAGUCUGAUAAUAACUCUAACAUUAUUCGUAUUGAAGGACGAAAAGAUGGAGUAGAAUUAGCUAAAAGCGAAUUGGAAGAAAUGAUUUAUAAGUURGAGAAUGAAGUUGAAAAAGAAAUAUCAAUUGACCAACGUCAUCACCGUGCUAUAAUUGGGGUCAAAGGUGAAAAAGUUAGAGAACUUCAGGAAGCUUUCAAUGUUCAAAUUACAUUUCCCAGUUCAGUUGAAGCUAGAAGUAAUUUAGUCAAAAUACGUGGUUUAAAUGAUGACGUGAAUAAAGCAUUCAAGUCUUUAGCKAAAUUGGCAAAAGAAUUAGAUGAAGCAAACUAUGUGUUAGAAAUUCCUGUUUUUAAACAAUUCCAUAAACUUGUCGUGGGUAAAGGAGGAGCUAAUAUUAAAAAGAUCAGAGAAGAAACCGAUACCAGAAUUGAUUUACCUCGUGAGGGUGAAGAUAGUGACACCAUCAAAGUUAUGGGUAAUAAAGAAAAGGUUUUAAUUGCUUGCGAUAUGAUAAAAAAAAUUCAAAAUGAAAUGGGAGAUAUUGUCACAAAAGAAAUAGUGCUAGGAAAUAUUAAAGUACGCAAUGUUAUUGUGAAUCUUGGAAAUAAGUUUAUUCAAUCUAUCAGAGAGGAUUGUGGUGGUAAUGUGUCUUUAAAGUUACCAGCUAUUAAAGGUGAUAAUGAAACCUUCCAACCACAUCUUAAUAUAUUCAUUCCUCAAUGUGUUGACGAGGUUAAGGCUGGUUUAGACCUUCCCUCAACCUCCAAUCAUUUUGAAAAAUAUUUCAAGCCCAGMGAAAUUAAAUAG